AUGGAUAUGUCUCCUUUACGGCUGUGCAGGGAGGUGAUCGACGAGAAGGAAUUGGCUGAAGAAGAGCAAACCCUGGAGAACUUAGAAGACGAGAUUGUCGAGUACGAUCAUCAAUUAGUCGAGCAGAGGGCUGAGUUCGAAUGCCUCGCGCCGAAAGAGAUCAAACGAGCCGGCGCUGGUAUAUCGCGGAACCAAAUCACCCAGGGAGCUGCUGCUUCUCAGGCUGAGGUAAUGUUUGACGAAGAUGGGAACAUAGUUCUCAACGAGGAUACCUUAGUAUCACACGUUGAUGACAGUAUACCGGGCUUCAACCCAGAUCAGCCUAUGGACAUAGUCUAUGAGGAUGAUGAACAUGUGCGCAUGUCUUACCACAGUUAUGCCACGUGGCAAAGGGCCGACAAGUGGACUACCAGCGACACUCUGGCGUUCUAUGACGCGAUCAAAAUAUUUGGGAGUGACUUCACAUUCAUACACCAAAAGUUCCCCAAGCGGAGCCGCGGUCAAAUCCGAAACAAAUUCAAACGAGAAGAAAAAACCAAUCGCGAACUCAUCGAUAAACUCCUUGCCGAGCAUGUGGAGGUGUCACGCAAGUUGACCUCAGCCAUUUCAGCGCUCCCCGAAUUCGGCAUAUUGAAGGACAAUAUCCGAAGUACAGACGAAUACCACACGCUCAAGCCUGAUGACAGCGCCUUUGGGGCAUUCAAAAACGAUAAGGAUGCGAAUGGAGACCUGAUCAGUGAGAAUCGCGGCGGUGUCUAUAUACCUGAGUUGGAUAUGGCUAUGCUGGACGGGUUCUGAAGGGUGCCUGGGAAUCGAUGAGCAAGUGAG